CAGAGAGAAGCAAGAUCAUUUAGAAAGAAAAGAUAAUUUCUUCCUUGAAUCACAGCAAGACAGAAACAAGCAGGCACAAAACUACUUGGGCCAUUUAACUCUAAAAAUGCUUUGAAUACCUGAGCAGUCUUAAGAGGCUUGAGUUGCAUUGACGUGAUGCCUGGCUGGUUAAUCUCUCUCCUGAGUAUGGAAAUACUGAUUUUAGCAGAACCUCACCUGAGUUUCCACAUUGAUCCUGUUGAAGGCAGCCUUGCAGGAGGAACAUGGAUCACAGUUAUUUUUAAUGAUUUGGAGAGAAGUGUUCUUUACCCCACCAACGGCUCUCAGCUGGAGAUAGACCUAGUGAACAUGGUGUUGCCUGCCCUGCCAAAGAUCCCCUGUGAUGUUUCUCCUGUCUUCUUGGAUUUGCCUGUGGUGACAUGCCAGACUAGAUCUCUGCUGUCUGAAGCACAGGAGGGUCUGUAUUCUCUGGAAGUACGCUCUGGGGGACAGAUUGUAGGCAGCCCAUGUCAAGGAUUUCAAGACAGCUGUACUUUCAAGUUUUCCAAGGCAUACACACCCAUUGUGUACCGAGUUAAUCCAUCAAGUGGAGUUCCAGGAGAAGUAAUACAUGUGUAUGGAAGGAUUAUCACUGGAAGGUUGGAAACCUUUGAUUCUGACGUUGACUACAUCGACAGCCCAUUGGUCCUGGAAGCUGAAGGAGACAGAUGGGUCACUCCUUGUUCUCUUAUUAACAGGCAGACGGGAAGCUGCUUUCAUAUCCAGGAAGAACAUGGCCUUGGGACUGUGCAGUGCAGUGUGGAAGGCAAUUACAUCGGUUCCCAGAAUGUUAGUUUUUCAGUAUUUAACAAAGGGAAGGCAAUGGUGCAUAAGGAUGCAUGGCUGAUCAGUGCUAAACAAGACUUGUUCCUGUAUCAGACACACUCAGAAAUCCUAUCCGUGUUUCCAGAAGUUGGAAGCCUUGGGGGAAGAACAGAUAUCUCCAUUACAGGGGACUUCUUUGACACUUCUGCCCAGGUUACCAUUGCAGGCAUUCCAUGUGAUAUUAGACACGUGUCUCCCAGGAAGAUUGAAUGCACCACCAGGGCUCCAGGAAAAGGAGCAAGACUCACCGCUCCUCAGGCAGGUAAUCGAGGCCUUCUUUUUGAAGUUGGAGAAGCUGCUGAGAGCUUGGCAUUGACUGAAGUCACCCCAGGGUACAGGUGGCAGAUUGUCCCCAAUGCCAGUUCGCCAUCUGGAUUUUGGUCAAAGGAAGGACAACCUUUCAGAGCACGGCUCAGUGGGUUCUUCGUAGCUCCAGAGACAAAUAAUUACACAUUCUGGAUCCAGGCAGACAGCCAAGCUUCCUUACAUUUCAGUUGGUCAGAGGAGCCAAGGACUAAGGUGACCACGGCUUCCAUUGGGGUUGGCACUACUGACUGGUUUGACUCCUGGGAGCAGCAGGGGAAUGAAGGGAAUUGGCAGCAGAAGACUCCCAAGCUGGAGCUGUUGGCUGGAUCCCAGUACUACCUGGAAGCAGAGCAGUAUGGGAUAGCCCCCAGCAAGGGGAUGAGGAUUGGUGUCCAGAUCCACAACACCUGGCUGAAUCCCGAUGUGGUCAACACUUACCUCCAGGAGAAACACCAGAUCCGAGCCCAAGCCCAGAGAUGCCCAGAAAUACAGAUGCUGAAUGUAUCAAGGAGUAGAGGAAAUUUUUUCCUUACUUGGGACAAUGUCUCUAGUCAGCCAGUUCCUGUAAAUGCGACAGCCCAGCAGAUUCAAGCUACCAUUGAGGAGUUACUUGCAGUAAAAUGCAAACUGGAACCUCUUUCAGCUAAUAUCCUAUUGUGGCUGGGAUUUGAACAAGGCCUAGAAGGUUCCAGUUCUGAUGGGAUCCUUACCGGUGCAACUGAGCCCUUCUGUGGAAGAUUCAGCCUCCGUCAACCUCAAAACCUUGUCCUAAACUGCUCAGAUAUCCAAAAAGGCUAUUGGCUGGAUCAGUACCCACAUCUGUGCAUUGCAUACAAAGGCCUCGUGAACAAGAUCCUGAACUUGACUGUGUAUUUUACAUUUGGCUCCCAAAAUGUCAUGAAGAACACUACCUGUGACUGGCGUUUCACAGAAGCUGACCCUGAGAGCUGGCAUUUCGCUUGCAUUAACAUCUGGGACACAUGUGUGCAUCACUUUGAGGAUCUCCAGUCUUCUCUAGCAAACACUCCAUUGCUGGUUCAUCAGAUUGACAUCGUCCCUGUGGUCCAGGAUGCAGGCCUGUUCUAUGUGGAUGAAAUUAUUAUCGCAGAUACAAACAUUACAGUUUCUCAAGCUGAUUCUGGAACAGCUCGCCCAGGUGGGAAUCUGGUGGAGUCAGUCUUUGUAGCAGGAUCAUUUCCAGUGUACAACAUAACCUCCUGGUUGGCAGGAUGUGGCCUAGAAGUCCCACUUAUCAAUGCAUGCUAUGUGCCUGCUGAGGGAACAGAAGAAGAAUCUGAACUCAUUCAGAUGACAGCACAGAGACUCCAGAAUACAAGUCCACCUUUGGGAGGACACUUCGUCAUUCAUCUUUCUGAUACAGUGAUUCCUGAUGUCUCCAUACAUGUAUCUGCUGGUCAGCUUCACAAGCUAUUACAGGACAAUAGUGAUAAGUUCACAUCUGGAUACCUCAACCUCAGUGACUUCACUGUGAAGGAGGAUGUAAACUCUUGCUAUGAACAUGUGUGGACCCUUUCUUGGGCUACCUCAAUUGGGGAUUUGCCCAGUUUUAUCAGGGUCUCAGAUCAAAAUCUUACUGGGAUGAAUCCUGUUGUAACUACUCGAGUGGUAUAUGAUGGCGGAGUAUUUCUUGGCCCCAUUUUUGGAGACAUGUUGGUUACUGCCAACCAGCAAACUCAGGUGGCUGUGUGGGUGAAUGACAUACCAGCUCAUUGCUCAGGCUCCUGUUCUUUCCAAUACCUGCAAGAGUCGACACCCAGGGUGGAUUUCGUGUGGUAUUCCCUCGGUAGUGACAUCAACCUACUGGUUUAUUUUACUGGAACUGGUUUCUCUAGUGAUUCCCAGUCUUUACAAGUUACCAUGAACAAAACAAACUGUAAAGUUAUUUUCUCAAACCAAACAAAUGUGGCCUGUGAGGUAGACCUGCUACCAGUUGGAGUGCAUCCAAUUUUGAUGUUGGUGAGACCGUCUGGUCUGGCUGUCAAUGCCAGUGGAGAAGGCCUCUUCCUAUACGUGGAACCCAGGCUGGACACUGUGGAGCCCUCUAGAGCUGCAGAGAUUGGAGGAGUCUGGGCCACCAUCCGAGGCUCUAGCUUGGAAGAUAUCAGCCUGGUGUUAUUUGGAUCUCAGGCUUGUGCCAUUGAUGUCACUACCAGCAGUUCACACCAAAUUCAAUGCAAAGUCCCACCUAGGGGGAAAGAAGGGCACACUGUGAAUGUGACUGUGAUAAGAGGGAACCACUCCACAGUUCUUUCCAAAGGAUUUACUUACGUCUCCUCCUUAAAUCCAGUGAUUAUAUCUUUGAGCAGAAACAGAAGCAGCAUAGCAGGAGGUGAGGUCCUCUUCCUCGGGAUGGCACUGCUGGUGAACUAUACAGAUCUGGAUGUGCAAGUCCAUAUGCAGGACACCUUGGCUCAGGUUCUCUCGCAGACAGCUCGGGGCCUGGAGGUGGUACUGCCCCCACUGCCACCUGGCAGACACACAAUUUCAGUCACCAUCAAUGGCAUCAGCAUUCGCUCACAAGGGGUUGAUCUCCACAUCCAGUACCUCACAGACGUUUUCAGCUUUGAGCCUUGCUGUGGGUCUUUUCUGGGUGGAACUAUCCUCAGCAUCUCAGGGAUAGGACUUGGCAGAGACCCUGCUUUGAUUUCAGUCCUUGUGGGUCAUCAUCCCUGUGAUAUUGUGAACUUAACAGAAGUGAGUAUUUGGUGUGACACUCCUCCGUCUCUGCUGAUGCCCAGUGCAGAUGUUCUCAUUGUCCCAGCCCCUGUGGAGGUCUGGGCUGGCAACACUUCCCUCAUCCAUGGACCGAGCUUGGUAGGGAAGGACCUUACCUUCAUGUAUGAAGCAGCAAGAACGCCGGUGGUCACUGCCAUAUGGGGAGAAUUCGUGAACAGCAGCCUGUGGUUAUAUGUGGAAGGAAAUAACAUUUCUGCCUCAGCCAUUCUUCUGGGGAGCUUGAAAUGUGAUGUUGAGAUUCAGUCUUUUGAUGGCAACAUAAGCCUGCUUGGGUGCGCCUUUCCUCUCCACAAUUUGGAGGCGGGAAUGUAUCCUCUCCAAGUUCGUCACAAGUGGAUGGGGUUUGCUAAUAUGUCUGCAGUGCCCCAGCAAUUCGAGAUCACACCCCGGAUAACAACGAUCUUCCCAACACACGGUUCUAUAUGUGGUGGAACAGUAUUCACCAUGAAGGGGUUUGCCCUCAAUUCUAGAAGGGGGUCAGUUCAGGUUGAUCUCUCAGGCCCUUUUACUUGUGUGAUUCUGAAUUUGGGAAAUGACACAAUCUUAUGCCAGAUCAACUUGUUGAGCGACUACUUGUCGGAGCAUUCCUUUGCUCUAAAUGUCACUGUCUUGGUCAAUGGACUGGUCAGUGAGUGUGAGGGAAACUGCACACUCUUCAUGCAGAAAGACACAACUCCUUUUGUGGAUGCCUUGACCACAAACAUCAGUGGUUCAAUAACCACACUACUUAUGGGAGGUAAGAGGUUAAGCACUGCAGCUGAUGAGCCAACAGUAUUUGUGGACGAUCAACUUCUUUGCUACCCAACCUUCUUCAAUGCAAGUCAUGUGACAUGCCAGAUAAGUGAUUUGACCCCAGGACUCCACUACCUGUCAGCUCUUCGUACAAACACUGGAUAUGCUUGCUUGGGAAACAUUUCCAGACACUUCCUCAUUAUGCCUCAUGUGCUUGAUUAUUUUCCAAAGAAUUUCAGCAUCCAUGGUGGAGGCCUGUUGGCCAUAAAGGGCACAGCCCUGCGAGGACAGAAUACUACAUUGGUCUAUGUUGGCCAGCAGGCUUGUCUAACAGUGAGCAUCAGUUCUGAGCUCCUCCAGUGUAUUAUUCCUGCAGGAAAUGGUUCUGUUGCUCUGGAAAUGGAGGUGGAUGGAGUUUUGUACCACAUAGGAAUUGUCGAUUACAGCGAUGCCUUUACCCCAGAAUUGCUUUCUAUUUCUCAGAGUCAUGACAUCUUAACCUUUACGGUGGCCCAUAUCUCAGGAGCUGCAAAUGUUAACAUUUUUAUUGGAACCUCUCAGUGUGUCGGCGUGUCUGGUAACCGCACAGUUCUCCAGUGCAUGGUCCCUUUGCUUCCUGCAGGGAAGUACCCUGUCACAGGUUAUGACUGCUCCAGGGGAUGGGCUUCAUCUGUUCUUGUGCUCACAUUGAGAGCUGCUGUGACAGCAGUGACGGAAAACUUUGGCUGCCUGGGAGGACAGCUUUUGCAUGUGUUUGGAGCAGGAUUUUCUCCAGGGAACGUCUCAGCAGCUGUGUGUGGAGUUCCUUGCCAAGUCUUGGCUAAUGCUACAGUGUCUGCCUUCAGCUGCUUGGUUCUGCCUCUGGAUGUGUCCUUGGCUUUUCUGUGCGACCUGAGGCAUGCAGAGGACAUCUGUGAAGACAUCAGCCAUACCUACUUGCAAUGUGAUUUGACUGUCACCGUGGGCACAGAGAGACUGCUUGAAUCCUGGCCUUACCUCUAUCUGUGUGAAGAGAGUUCUGAGUGUCACUUUGUUCCAGAUCACUGGGCAGAGCCAGCCUUCCCAACCUUCUCAGGUCUCUUCCUCAGCCCUAAAGUGGAAAGAGAUGAAGUUCUCAUCUGUAAUAGCUCCUGUAGCAUUACCAUGGAAACUGAGGCAGAGAUGGAGUGUGAGACGCCUAAUCAGCCAAUUACCGCCAAGAUUACUGAGAUACAGAAAAGCUGGGGCCAGAACACUCAGGAAAAGUUUUCCUUUCAGUUCUGCAGAAGGUGGUCUAGGGCUCACAGUUGGUUUCCUGAAAGAUUGCCACAAGAUGGCGACAACGUCACAGUGGAGAAUGGCCAUGUGCUACUGCUUGAUGUGAACACAAGCAUCCUAAACUUACUGCAUAUUAAAGGUGGCAAGCUGAUCUUCAUGGCUCCAGGACCCCUCGAACUUAGAGCCCACUCCAUCCUUGUUACAGAUGGUGGAGUGCUCCAGAUUGGAUCUAAGGAGAAGCCUUUCCAAGGCAAAGCUCAGAUCAAACUCUACGGGAGUUCCCAUUCUGCCAACUUCUUUCCCUAUGGAGCCAAGUUUCUGGCUGUGAGGAAUGGAACACUUUCAUUGCAUGGUUCAGUAUCAGAAGUAACUGUCACCUAUCUCCGAGCAGCUGCACAUGCAGGAGACACAAUGCUGGCUUUAGAAGAUGUUGUGGACUGGCACCAGGGGGAUGAAGUUGUCAUCAUCAGUGCAAUGGGUGCUGAAGGUGCCAGACCAAUGGAGGAGGUGGUCACUGUGGAAACGGUGCACAAUGCAGACCUCCAUCUCAGGUCUCCUUUGAGAUAUUCUUACAACUCCAUAGAGGACUGGGUAAUUGGGGAGAAUCUUAGUUUGAAGGUCACAGUGGCUCUGCUCAGCAGGAGUAUUACCAUACAAGGAAAUCUCACCCAAGAGAGGAUGGAGCUCCUCACCUCCUGCCAAGAAGCCGAUGCCAAGGAAGGUAGUUUGAAGCAUUGCUUAUAUUCCAAGAGUGAGAAGGUGCUGGGAUCCAGGGAUCUGGGGGCCAGAAUCAUCAUUCAGUCUUUCCCAGAGGAGCCAAGCCUUGUCCAGCUGAAGGGAGUAGAGUUCCACAACUUGGGGCAGGCCUUCCGUAAGCAUCUGAGCUCAAUCACACUGGUGGGAGCUAUGAGAGGUUCCUACCUCCAAAGCUGUACAAUAUGGGGCUCCUUCAGCAGAGGUCUCAGCAUACACGGGACCCAAGGUCUGAAGGUGGACAGUAAUGUAUUAUACAAGAUUAUGGGCCAUGCGUUGCUGGUGGGGACCUUCACAGAGAGAAGAUAUAACUCCUGUGAGACCAUUGCUGAAGGAAAGGAUGGUUGGUCAGAACAGGGAAACGUAAUAAGGAACAAUGUGAUCCUCAGUGUUUCCGGAGCCGAGGGACUCUCCAACUCUGAAAUGUUGGCACCAUGUGGUAUCUACAUCCACAGUCCCACCAACAUGAUAGAGGGGAACAGAGUGUGUGGUGCUGGCUAUGGCUAUUUUUUCCACCUUGUGACCAGAGAAACAUCCGAAGCUCCAGUCCUCUCAUUCACUCACAACACUGCACAUUCCUGUACAAGGUAUGGUCUCCUCAUAUAUCCUAAAUUUAAACCACCUUGGAAUGAUCACACUGGCCCCACUGUGAUCCAAAACUUCAGGGUUUGGGGAAGUGCAGGCGGUGCCCAGAUUUCUAGAAGUAGCAAUCUUUACCUGAAAAACUUCCAAGUUUAUUCAUGCAGAGAUUUUGGACUUGAUAUCUUGGAAAGUGAUGCAAAUACUUCAGUUACUGACAGCUUAUUAGUUGGUCAUUUUGCCCACAAGGGAAGUCUGUGCAUGUCUGCUGGAAUGAAAACUCCCAAAAGAUGGGAACUGGUGAUUUCUAACACAACUUUUGUUAAUUUUGAUUUCAUCAACUGUGUGGCAAUCAGAACUUGUUCUGGCUGUUCCCAAGGACAAGGUGGAUUUACUGUGAAGACCAGGCAAUUGACAUUUAUAAACUCUACCAAUUUAGUAGCAUUUCCAUUUCCUCAUGCCGCAGUUUUGGAAGACUUGGAUGGGUCCCUGUCUGGGAAAAAUGGAAGUCACAUUCUUGCUUCUAUGGAGACUCUCUCAGCCUCAUGCUUGGCCAAUAGAAGUGUCAGUCAGAUUGUCCCCGGAAGUAUCUGUGGGGAACGUGUUCUCUUUCAUCGCAUGUCUAUUGGUUUAAUGAAUGCCCUUGGUGUUUCUAAGAAUUUAACCAUGACUGACAGCAGAAAUAAGACAACCACUGUCAAUUAUGUAUGUGACACGUUGUCUAGCCAUCAUGGCUGGAUGGCUCUGCUUUUGGAUCAAGAAACCUACACACUACAGUUUCAGAGUCCUUGGAUCGAUAGAUCUUUACAGUACUCAGCAACAUUUGACAGCUUUGCUCCUAGGAACUACCUCCUGGUGGUGCACAAAGACCUCCCACCCUAUCCUGACAUCCUCAUCAGAUGUGGGAGUCAGGUGGGUCAGGCUCUCCCAGCUCAUCCAUUGCCUGGUCAGGACAAAGGCUGCGAUUGGUUCUUCAAUAGCCAGUUGAGGCGACUCAUUUAUAUGGUUUCAGGUGAAGGUCAAGUUCAAGUAUUUCUCCAGGUGAAAGAAGGUGUGCCUCCAAAAAUUUCAGCCUCUACAUUAGUACCAGAAUCGGCUUUAAAGUGGUCCCUCCCAGAAACAUGGUUAGAUGUUGAAGAAGGCUGGGGAGGAUACAACCAAACCACCCCAGGGCCUGGGGAUGACGUCUUGAUUUUACCCAACAGAACUGUUCUUGUGGAUACUGAUCUCCCGUUGCUCAAAGGCCUGUAUGUGAUGGGAACCUUGGAAUUCCCUGUGGACAGAAGCAAUGUUCUGAGUGUGGCCUGCUUACUCGUUGCAGGAGGGCAGCUGAAAGUUGGUACUAAAGAAAAUCCCCUAGAAAAAGAACAAAGGCUUCUCAUUCUACUUAGAGCCUCAGAAGAAGUCUUUUGUGACCGUUUUGAUGGAAUUCGUAUUGACCCAGGAACAAUUGGAGUUUAUGGCAAAGUUCAACUUCACAGUGCUUACCCUAAGAAAUCCUGGGUACGUCUUGGAGCUGAUAUUGCACCAGGAAAUGAGAGAAUUAUAGUAGAAGAUGCAGUGGACUGGCAACCCCAUGACAGAAUUAUCCUCGGCUCUUCUUCUUAUGAGCCCCAUGAAGCAGAGAUUCUUACUGUGAAGGAAGUCAAGGGCCACCACAUCCAAAUCCAUGAACGUCUUAAAUACCGACACAUUGGAAGUGCCCAUGUCAUGGAGGAUGGUCAACACAUUCCUUUGGCUGCUGAGGUUGGAGUUUUGACCAGAAACAUUCAAAUUCAGCCUGAUAUAUCAUGUAGAGGGAGACUCCUUGUGGGGUCCUUCAGGAAAUCUACCAGAGAAGAGUUUUCAGGUGUUCUUCAACUUCUAAAUGUAGAAAUUCAGAAUUUGGGGUCCCCACUGUAUUCAUCCAUUGAAUUCACUGAUGUGUCACCUGGAUCCUGGAUAAUAUCUUCUACUGUGCACCAAAGCUGUGGUGGUGGCAUCCAUGUAUUCUCCAGGCAUGGAAUCAUUUUGAAUGACAACAUAGUGUUUGGCACAAGUGGCCAUGGCAUUGAUCUGGAGGGUCAGACCUAUUCUCUCACUAAUAACCUUGUCAUGCUGACAAUGCAGUCAGCAAGCUCAUCUUCUUGGGUGGCAGGAAUCAAAGUGAACUGCGCAGAGGAUAUCAACCUCCAUGGCAAUGUGGUGGCAGGAUCAGAGAGACUCGGCUUUCACAUACGUGGCCAUGGGUGUUCCCCUGAAGCACUUUGGUCUGACAAUGUGGUCCACUCAUGCCUUCAUGGGAUUCAUCUCUACAAAGAACGUGAACCUAACAACUGUACUGGUAUAUCUGGCUUUCUGGCUUUUAAGAACUUUGACUAUGGUGCCAUGGUACAAACAGAGAACAGUGUGACGAUGCAGAACAUCACUCUGGUGGACAAUGUUAUUGGUCUUUUGGCAAUUGUAUGUGUAUCUUCUACUCUGCUGAGCUCCAUUGGAAAUGUGCAGAUUGUGCUUAAGGAUUCAGUGAUUGUGGCCACUAGCUCCUCUUUUGACUGUAUUCUAGACAGGAAGAAACCUCAGUCAGCCAAUUUGACCUCAACUGAUAGACCACCUUCCAACCCUAGGGGAGGUCGAGUUGGUAUUCUGUGGCCUGUUUUCACCUCAGAACCAAAUCGAUGGCCUCAGGAGCCAUGGCACAAAGUGAGGAGUGGCUAUUCGGUUUCAGGAAUCAUAAAACUUCAAGAUGUCACCUUUGCUGGAUUUGAAAAGAGUUGUUAUAGUGAUGAUCUGGAUGUCUGCAUUCUGCCCAAUGAAGCUAGCACUGGAAUCAUGUACCCCAUUACAGCUGAGAGAACCAGAAUGCUAAAGAUGAAAGACAAGAACAAAUUCUACUUUCCUUUAUCACACCCAAGGAAAGGCUUAGAGAGAAUGAUCUGCCCUGAAUCUGACUGUGAAAGUCCAAGAAAAUAUCUCUUCACAGAUCUGGAUGGGAGAACUCUGGGUCUGCCUCCACCAGUUUCUGUGUUUCCAUAUAUGGAGGCAGAAUGGGCUGGAUCCUUCUUCCGCUCAGGCAUAUUUAGAGAAGAACAGAAAUGUAUCUUCCGAGCCAUGAUUCAAGGCUUCAUCUGCAAGCAGACUGAUCAAGUGGUCCUAAUUCUUGAUAAUCUUGAUGUCACUUGGGCAAUCCUGAAGUCAUAUCCAGUUGUCUCUGUGACUAAUGGCUUUGUUGACACAUUUAGCAGUGGGACGGACAAUGGUCUCUGCUCUACCUCUUCCUCUCUGUCUACAUUCUAUUCCAUUUUACCCACCAGACAAAUUACUAAAGUCUGCUUUGUGGAUCAAACUCCUCCAUUUUUGCGCUUUUUCCUACUGGGGAACAGCAGAGUCUCCAAGCUUGUUUUGUCCAUCUUCUACCAUGAGAUUCAGAACCCUCACGUUUUCUUAGGGAAAAGCUUCAUUCCACCCACUCUAGUACAGUCAGCUUCUUCAAUGCUGAAUGAGCCUGCUGGUGCCAACUACUUUGACAUCAUGAAUAACCUUUUGUAUGUUGUCCUGCAAGGAGAGGAGCCUGUUGAAAUACACACAAGGGUUUCCGUUCAUUUGGCUUUUACAGUGACAUUUUUGGUCCAAGAGAAAGGCUGGGAAAGAGUGAUGCUUGAAAGCUUAACAAGCUUCUUACAGAUUGAGCAAAACCAAGUCAGAUUUACUCAUGAGAUGCCUGGCAAUGAAGAGACCUUACAGACCAUUGCAGACAGUGGAGCAAAAAGAAAGCUCAAUUGCCCAACUGUUACAUGUGGCAGUCCUUACAGAAGAUUUGGUCAGCGCAGACCUCUUAUGGUAGAAAUGAGAUCGUAUAGGGUCACACCACCAACCACUGUGGAAACCAUGUCCAAAGUGAUUGUCAUUGAAAUUGGUGAUCUGCCCACUAUAAGGAACACUGGACAGAUUCCAUCCUUACCAAGUAAAAAACUGCAGAAUUUGGCUCAUCAAGUCAUCACUGCUCAACAAACUGGAGUACUGGAAAAGGUUCUCAAUAUGACUGUUGGGGCCCUACUGGUGACUCAGUCAGAGGGAGUAACAGGCUACAAAAAUUCAAGCAGUUUCAAAACUGGAAAUUUGAUAUAUAUUCGGCCCUACAUACUUUCAGUCCUAGUGCAGCCUUCAGAUGGAGAGGUUGGAAAAGAACUUCCAGUGCAACCACAGCUUGUUUUUCUGGAUGAGAAGAACAGAAGAGUAGAGUCACUGGGGCUCCCCUCAGAGCCGUGGAUUAUUUCAGCUUCCUUAGAAGGUGCAACAAAUUCAGUACUAAAAGGGUGUACCCAGGCAGAAACACACAAUGGUUAUGUGAGCUUCUCCGGCUUGGCUGUCUUGAUCUCUGGGUCAAACUGGCACUUGGCUUUUACUGUUACUUCUCCUCCAGGCACUAAUUUUACAGCUCGAUCUAAGAGUUUUGCUGUCUUGCCUGUGACCAGAAAGGAGAGAUCAACUAUAAUCCUGGCCAUGUCCCUGUGUUCAGUGGUCUCAUGGCUGGGUCUGAGCUGUCUGGUUUGCUGUUGGUUUAAGAAAAACAAAACUAGAAAAAUAAAGCCUGAAGACAUAGCUGAAUCCCAGGCUAGUGAUCCAAAGAAGAAUACCCAUAACCCAUACAAACAGCAAGGAUUAAAAGUAGAGACAGAAAAAGAAGAUGCUGUGAUGGGAGAAGAUAUAAGAAUGAAGGCCAGGCAAGGCAGGCUGAACCAGCUCCCCCAGCUACCAAUGAAUGGAGUGUCCAGAAGGAAGGUUACCCGCCAAGCUGUCCCAGAGGAAAAGGCUGCUAUCCAUGCCCCCAGGAUUCCCAGAGUCACAUCGCAGGGGCUCACCUGUGCCCCAGGAUCUCCUGCUCAGCAGCCCACCCUGCAGGAGACUGGGAACUGGAAGGAGGCCCAAGAGCAGUUGCUCAGAUACCAGCUGGCAGGCCAGGAGCAGCUGCUCCUGUUAUGCCCAGACCUCAGGCAAGCUAGGCAGCAGUGGCAGGAGCCCAGCCAGCUGAAUAAGGGAAGAGGCUGCUUGAGGCUUUCCCAAGAGAAGGGCUCAUGUGCUGCCACUGAGACCUUCUGCCUCCACUCAGCACCACCAGAAACCAUUUAGUAACAGCUGUGAGCUGGGGAUGGUGUGGGCAUUUGUGCUAAAAAGCAGAAAUGUUCAGAAACAUUUCUAGAUGGUAAACAGGAAGUGAGGCCUUAUCUAUUUGGACAGCUCAGGAAAACUGUGGACUCUAUUCCACUUUUCAACUUGCAUAUGAAGACACACAAAUGCUUUCAGAUUGAAACUGUUCCUGAUUAUGUCUUUUGUAUUUAUUACUGAUCCUACCCCAAUGCCAAGCAAAUAACAGGUUCCCAAACACUUGUGGACCAUUUACUGGGUUCAUACCUGUUCCAAUUUAACCAAUUUAAUAAUUGUGCUAUAUGAAUUAGACAAGUAGGUUGUUAAGCUUCUCUUAGGCUGCAUUUGCACCUACAUUGCCAUAGUAACAUUCCUUUACUUUUCAGGAACAUGGGAAAAAUUAGUAGAUAUCCUGCUCUCUGAUACACAAAAGCUUACCUUCCAACCACAGAGAACUUCUUAUUUCAUGAUUUAAAUUCAGUCAGUAUUGGUAGCUUUCUCUAGUAUUAUAAUAAUAAUAUUUUAUAUUUAUACAUGAAAGCUGAUAGUUACACAGGCAUUGUAGACAUUUUAGUUAAGAAUGAAGAUAUGAAAAUAGUAAAUUUAGGGAAGGAAAUUGUCUGUGGAACAUAGUUAUAUUUUACAACAUUUCUUUCUUUUAGUAGUUAGGUCAUAUUUACAACUGUAGGAAAACUGUACUAAGAAACUAAACAUAACCAGAAUGUGAAGUAUAUUAUCUGAUUACUCCUUUCUUAGGGAACCAAUUUUUCUCCCAUAAAAGUGGGGAAAGGUAUAAGGUAAGUGUAAGAUCUGCUCAAGAAAAGAGGAGAGAGAACAUCAUGUGUGUCCUCUCUAGGCGGUACUAGGCAUUCUGGAGACAAAAGCAAAGAUGAGCUGGUGUUGAUGCUUUGAGAAAGGAUAUAAAAGCUAUUUCACCACAUUCACACUUGUACAGAGUUCAUUUCUAUUUAAACUAAAAAAGUACUUUAAGCACAUUGACUGUGUCCUUGGUGUAGUAUCCAGAAGGCCUCAUGAUCUGAGACUAAAGCAAAGGCAGAAAAAGUGAAAAGAUCUAGAAAGUCAUUUUCCCAUAAUGUAAGCACGAUUUCCUAACCUCUGAAUGGCUAAGGGGCUAUGCUGUAUACAGUUGGAACACUGGGAAGAAACACUGUGUCCUAUUUUGCUAACUCUUAAAUAGUGAAGGCUUGGAAAUAGAAUCUGGUCUGGGCAUCAAGCCAUCAUCAAUAGGAAAGUAUGUCCCAUCAUAUCAGGAGGUGGCUGGAUCCAUGUCAGCCUGUUCUCCUAUUAUUAAAGUGUCUCUUAAACCUCUGAUUUUCUAAGGCUACCCUGUGAGAAGGUGGGGUGGUCAGCCUUCUCUGUGGCUCUAAAUUGAAUUCUGAGGGAAACAAAAGGA